UCAAAAACUAAACCUAACCCACGCCAUAACCACCACACGUUACUACUUAAAUAUUCCAACUGCCUCUUCACUCAUUGCCAUAAGUUGUGUUGCACAUAACUGCCGAAACAACAGUAAUCGAACUGUUAAACAGUUUGUAACAAACAAUACUGCGUAACUAGUAUUUAGACUUGAUUUGUAGUAAAGCUAAGCGUAUAUAUACUAUCUACUAUCUACUGAGAAACAAACACGAAACACAUGUAUAUAAGUGCUAGUACUGUACUGCUUUUAAGCCUUUUGUGAUCGACCCUGAAUAAAUUGCCGACCUCUCAUCCUCCAGUUUUAUGAAGUUUCAAGCACUCCGUCGGAAGAAAGUAUUUUCGCAGAAGGCCGUGGUGUCGAUAAUUUUGUCGGAGAAGAUCCACAUAAUGAAAUGCAAGCUGAGGGUGAUGAUCUCUUGGAUUUUGCAAGUGGUUUAUUCGAGUUUGACCUCGACACGGCUGAUGACCUGGCCAAUUCCCUCGACGACGAGUGCUCCAUGUUUCUAGACAUGGACAGUGUUGACCUGGGCUUAGCCAUUGACGAUGGCAGUGUGGACGAUGCCCAUUUAGACUUAGGUCUCGAGGAGGAAGGCGAUGGAGGGUCCAACGAUUCCGUUGACCACGCUGAAACUCAGGCUCAAGACAAUCUUAUCGAACGUCAUUUAGAUUUAGAAGAAUCCUCAUCGGUGCAAGACAAUAGCGAACUUAACUUUGAAAUCGGCGAGGCGGAUAGCAAUGUUAACGAGGUGUUGAGAUUGCUCGAGGGCAUUGAGCAAAUGCCCUGGUUUGAUGCCCUUAUGAACUAGUUCGAUAGCGUUGUAAAUGUAAUAACCCACAAUCCUAACCAUAUUAGAGCUAAAUGUAGCACUGCUUCUCAUUGCUGAUAAACACUUUAAU